UAUACUUACGCACAAACUAGUUUAGGAUAUUAGUGUUCUGUGUGUAGUAUAUUCUUUGGUUCUGUGCUAAGUAGCCUAUAUUAUACGUUUACGACUUCGUAUUUUUCUUUCUCAUCUGUAUAUUAGUGUAUUAUGUGCUGUCAUCAACAAUUCAAUAUACGUAGUAUCAUUAAUUUAAAUGUCUUAUGUUUUUUGUAAAACUUAUGUUAUCUAGGACUUGUAGCCUGUAUGAAAUAAAUAACUUAUGAAUCUCAAAAUGUUUUCAGUGUUCAACAUUAACAUGGAAUAAUUAUAUACAAUUGAUACUAAUUAAGAUGUUACAACAUUCUCAGAAUUAAAGUGUCCUGUAACAGAAAUAUGCACGAACUAGAUAAAUGAACACGAAGUUAACAAUACGGAAUAACAACAAAUUUGUUAUGGAGACUAUAUACUAAAGGAGACAAUGCAAAUCGAAAUGUGGCCGAAACUUGCUAUUGUUUUGUUAUUUCUGUACUUUGCAACUGCAUUGGAGGGACCCAAUGUGUGCACUGUACAACAACCAUAUAUAACCACAAUUAGAGUAUCAGAGAAGGAGCCGUAUCAAAUCAAAGAGUAUGCAUGGUGUUUUAAUGUUCCACCGAAAUGUUCCAAGUAUAAAAUAAAGUUCCGUGAGGUGUACAAGAAUCAGACUUUGCUAAAAUAUCGGCUCGUCGAAGGAUGCUGCACGGGGUAUGAGCCAGACGAAGCGGGACGCCUGUGUGUGCCAGUGUGCCAGAACAAGUGUGUACAUGGCGUUUGCGUAGCGCCAGACACAUGUUCCUGCGAUCACGGAUAUGGGGGAGCCUCGUGUGAUAUAUCUUGUCCCGUAGGCAAAUGGGGUCGUCACUGUCAAAACCUCUGCAAUUGCCAAAACGGGGGGACUUGUGAGGUUUUGACUGGCGAGUGCGCUUGUACGCCGGGCUGGCGCGGCGUAUCCUGUGAGAAGCCGUGCUCAUUUCCAACUUUCGGCGACAAUUGUACAGAGGUCUGCAACUGUAAAAAUGGAAAAUGCCACCCGUCUACGGGGGCUUGUGCUUGUCAGCGGGGUUUCACUGGUCCAUUAUGCAGUGAAAAUUGUCCUGAUAAUGAAUUUUGUGAGCAAGGUUGUCGUUGUCAGAAUAAUGGAAAAUGCACUGCGUUUGGAAAUUGUAAAUGUAGACCUGGGUGGACUGGAGAUGUUUGUGCGAACAGAUGCCCUUCGGGUAAAUGGGGAGAACAGUGUCAGAGAACAUGUGAAUGUGCUAACGGAGCGGGUUGCCAUCAUGUUACUGGUCAAUGCCAGUGCGAGCCAGGAUUUACGGGCGAAAAGUGUUUAGAGGAAUGUCCCGUGGGCACGUACGGCGUGGACUGCCUUAACACGUGCUCGUGUGAGAACGGCGGCGAGUGCUCGUCGCGGGACGGGUCGUGCCGGUGCAGGCCGGGCUGGCGCGGCGCCCUCUGCAGCCGCCGCGCCUGUGACGACGGCCGCUGGGGGCCCGCCUGCGACCGCGACUGCGACUGCGAGCCCGCCAACACCGACAUGUGCGACCCGUGGACCGGCGCGUGUACGUGUGCGGCGGGUUGGCGCGGCGCAGACUGCAGCCGCCAGUGUCCGCUCUACAGCUUCGGCAAGGACUGCCUCUACAAGUGCCGCUGCCAGAACGAAGCGCAGUGCUCCCCUGUCAACGGUUCAUGUACCUGUCCGCCUGGCUUUCGGGGUAUACACUGCGACGAGACGUGUCCGCAUCCGCUAUACGGCGUCAACUGCUUGGAGACAUGCGACUGUUACAACAACGCUACUUGCUCAUCCGAAACUGGUCAAUGUUUCUGUAAACCUGGGUAUGAUGGGUUCAAAUGUGAGCGACCGUGCGACCGAAACAAGUUUGGAUUGAACUGUGCACGAUCUUGCAACUGCGAAAAUGAUGCGCCAUGUAAUCCUAUAACGGGCCAGUGCGAGUGUACCGCGGGUUAUGUGGGUGAAAAGUGCGAGCGGCGUUGCCCACCUGGAUUCUUUGGGCAGGGCUGUACAUCUGCCUGCAACUGCUCUGGCAAUGCGAUGUCCUGUCACCACAUCAAUGGUCAUUGCAUCUGUAAGGAUGGCUGGAAAGGCGUGUCGUGCGAGUCGCAGUGCGCGCCGGGCUACUUCGGCGAGAACUGCGCGCAACAGUGCCAGUGCGUGAACAACUCGUCGUGCGAGUCCAGCAGCGGGCGCUGCGUGUGCGCCGCGGGCUGGACCGGCGCCGCCUGCAACGAGACCUGCGCGCCCGGACACUACGGCGCCGGCUGCUCGCAGCGCUGCCCCGCCUACUACGGAGGAAACGUGACAUGCAAUCCCGUGACGGGCGACUACACCUGCCCGCCCGGGUAUAGAGGGUCCGCAUGCCAGUAUCCAUGUCCUCUGCGCACUUACGGUUUGAACUGCCAAGAGAAGUGUAACUGUAAGAAUGGAGCCGACUGUCAUUUCGUGACUGGUGUGUGCCAGUGCGGGCCGGGCUGGCGCGGCGAGCGCUGCGAGGCGGCGUGCGGCGCGGGCUGGUGGGGCGCCGCCUGCUCGCAGCCCUGCCGCUGUGCGCACGCCGCGCGCUGCCACCCCAACGACGGACACUGCAUCUGUCCCAGCGGGUACGCCGGCAUGCACUGCGCCGACCCUUGCCCUGAGGGUUAUUACGGUGAUCACUGCAUAACACCCUGCAACUGUUCAUCGGAAGGCAACUGGAAGUGCGACCAUAUCAAGGGCUGCGUCUGCCACCACAACUUCAUUGGUGAUAAAUGCGACAUCUCUGCUAGGGACACAUUAGUGACCCAGCAUGCUGAGGGUAACUCGAACGCGGGACUGACAGUGUUAAUAGUAAUAUUCGCAUUGAUUUUUGUGGUUACUGUUAUACUGGUGCUGUUGUAUUACCGCAGACGUGUAAAUAGUCUCAAGCGGGAGAUCGCACACGUACAUUAUACCGCCGAUCCCAAUUCUCAGCCUGAGCAACAACAUUUCGACAACCCGGUGUAUUCGUACCAAGGACCCCAGCGAGAGGACGAUGCAACAAAUUUGAUCAACAACACUAUAUUGAACAAUCUCGGUAACGGAAGUAAAAUGAACAACGCCACUCUUGAGAAGUUAAGGAUGAAGGCUUCGGGCUCAAACGAUAGCUUCAUUUCGUUGUCAAUGAAGAACAAAGACGCAGACGCCAACAAUCCAAAUUUGUAUCACUCCAUUGAUGAUGAUAAACUGGAACAUGUAUAUGAUGAAAUAAAACACAAGGAAGGAUAUGAGAGAGAAUAUGAUCAUCUGAACUAUACACCGCCGGCGAACAAGUGGAAACAGAACUAUCAGCGGAUGACGAAUGGUAUCUCAGCGAGCGCGGCACCGCAGGAUGUUGCGACGCCCCCGAUACCGCCGCUGCCCAAACUGAAUAUAAUUGCUCCCGUGCCACCCAAAAGAGAUGAAGAAGUCAUAGACAUUACCCCAUCCCUACAAACAGAGGACACACCUUUACGUCAAAAGGACAAGGAUAAUGGUUCAACAGUGCCCUGAUAUUAUAUAUGACCAAACAAUAUUAAAAUGAGUGAAAAAGUUUGAAACUAAUGCAUGUAGUGUGACGACGCAAACAAAUUUUCUUUUCAUAUGUUAAAAUGUAAUUUUUUAUUAUCUACUAUUGUGGCGAAAAUAUUUUUAUACAAAUUUUUAUAUUCUUUAAACAAGGUUAAGGAUUUUCUCUAAACGUAAUUUUAAAUAUAUUUAAUAUAGUGAUCUCUUAUUAGCUAUAUCGGAUGCCUUUGUUGCCCUUCGGAGAAAGUUAAGGCAUAUAACAGUAGAAGUAUGAGAAUUUUCUCUGAACAUACGAGUGUAGUAGAAAAUUCACGUAUAUAUCGCGGCGUGGCUUACCCCCGCCGCAGCUUACGUAUGCACCUACAAAGUUGCUUGUUUUAGCUUCUGAAUUUGGGAUAAUUAAAAAGCCAGUUUACAUUCUACCAUUAUAGGGCCAUUUAUAUUAGAAUAUUGCUAUUAGUUAGCCAGAGUGUUUUUGUUAUAGCAAGAAGGGUUGAUGGGAUGAUAUGGUUUAAUGACAUAUGCAAAGGUAAAUGUUUUUUUAAUGAAAUGUAAACUUUACUACAUGUUAUGUGUGUAUACGGUUUGAUUAAUUGU